UGCAAUCAAAACGAAUUUCAGUUUAUCCGCGCAUACUUUUAAAGAAUUUUAAUUGGUUUAAAACAAAUCUACUUUAUUUUCUGCUUUUAUUUCAAUUAACUGGUUCAAUAUGUUUUAAUUUAAUACAAAUUAUGGAAGUAUUUUUUCAGGCUACUAAUUUAUACAAUCAACAUUUUCAUCAUAUAGCAUAUUCUUUGAAGAAAAUCACUUCAACUACUACACUGAUUCCGUCUACACAGAAACUAUCCAAUCAACAUCAUCAAACUUCUCAGCAUGAAAUAUUAUUUCUAAAAUAUUUUGUUAUCUCAACAGUUUGUUUAGAGAUAAUAGAAAACUUUCUUGAAUUGCUAUGCAUACCACUUUUAAUGGUAAAAUGUUUUCUAUAUCAAAUUAUUAAAUCAAAACUUUUCAUUUGGUUAUUAAUUAAUUUAAUUACAAAUGAAUUUUGUCUACUAGUCAUAAAAUAUUUAAAUCCACAGUUGAUAAUUUUAGGAGAUGAUUAUACUUUUCAUUGUUCUAAUAUACUUUCAUUGGAUCAGAAUUUGACUACUAGGAGCACUGAUGCUAGUAGUAUCGAUGUUGGUGCUGCUAUUACUACCUCUACUAGCGGUAAUAUUAAUAAUAAUCAUAGUAAUAUUGUUAGCAUUGCUUCCGCUAUGACAAAUAAUCAUUCCCUUCUUAUGCCUACCAGUCAAAAAGUUGGUGAUGUUUGCUCUCUGACUGACAUUCCUGUAAUAUCAGCUAACUGGUGGUAUUGGAUAUUUAUAAAACAGUUGACUCAGUCAAUAGGCAUCUUAUUUCGGCAGUCAAUGUUGAUUUGCUGUGGAUUUAUAUAUUUCAAUUAGUUUUUAACGCCUUCAUACAUGUUAUAAAUGUCACUGUUUCAUCAUUUCGCCUAAGGGAGAAUGCCGAACAGUUUUCUUCUUAUCUCCAGAGAGUAUA